AUGGUGCCAAUUUGUCCCAUGGCUGAAGAUGGUUUGCCAAAAAUUUAUUCUCAUCCUCCAACAGAAAGCAGUAAAACAACUGAAGCAACCAUUCUCUUUGAGACUGACAACACUAUUCCUAGAUCAGAAACAACUAUUACUUCAGAAGGAGACCACAUUAUUUCAGUAAGUGACUAUGUGCUAGAAAGUGAUUUUUCAAGAACUACAGGCAACAAACUUCCAUCUCCAAAGAAAAGACUAAAUUCAGAAAGUAACGUAGAGUCCCAUAUUAAGUCAUCAUCCCAUCUGGAGAAAGAAAUUACCUCUCUGACAGGUGCCCCACACUCCAUGGCUAAUGACUCUAUUACUGAAAAUUUCAUUCCGGCUCAAAUUGGUAAUUUCUCAUCACCUGUCACUUCCGUUUCUUUAAUAGAUUUUUCCACUGACAUGAUAAAAGAAGAUAUUCUCUUGGAUAUAAAUGACCCAGGAGAUAAAGAUGUGUCAAUAACUUCUGAAGUGUCUGGCUCACUAAAGAAAAGCACCGCCAGUGUUACUGACACGCCUGUCCUUUCAGCUAAGAAGGGUGGGCUUGACAUUAAUAAUUGUAGUUCCUCAGUUAAACCCGAUGUCACUGCUGAUGAGGCUGUCCAGAUCACUGACUCCUCUAUUCCUGAGACUGAAAUUUCUCUCAGUACUGAAGAAAACUUCACCGCUAUUCCAGACAUAACUGCCCCUACAGAAGAGAGAAUCACUGAAGUUGAUGUAAUUCUUCCAGAAAAUGACCCCAAUGCUGUGUCUAAACCAACUGACUUUGAUGAGGAAAAGCUCAUCACUGUGUUUGAACUUGCUACCACUGUCAAAAGAGACAAAGAUAAUCCAGAAGACAUUCUACUAACUGGUGAUGAGUCUAUGGAUGGAGUCAAUGUUUGGAUGGAGAAAGAUUUUACCAAUGAAGCAGAGAACCAUCCUAUUUUGCUUACUGCUGUUGAAUCCAGGUAUGACUUCGUUAUUCCUAAAUCAGUAGAUAUGAACCUCAUGAAAGAUUCAUCUUCUGCAACAAAAGAAGAUUUGCCUGAAAAUAGUAAAAUGGAAUCCGUAACUAAGACUACUGAAGCAUUUUCCAAAACUACCCCUAAUCUAGUCAACUCAAGACAAAAGGAAGACACUCUUACAACUGAAAGGGGUGUCUUUAAACUCCUGAAAGAAGAACGAAAUGAGUUCCUGAAUUGA